CUUCCACAUUUCACCUGCUGCUUGCAGAGCUCAACUCGUCCAUCCCGAGUAGUCUACGUACCAUGAUGAAGGAAGGCACCUUGAUCGUGUUUCAUCUGCUGAUUGCAUGCAUCUUUAUUCACGUCUCUACUGAGAAGGCGGCUUAUGGAAAACGCAUAGGUAUCGAAGCCCGCAAUGACUGUCCAGAAAACGAGAGAUUAUACUCUAAAGGGACGAAAAUCGAAAAGAUUAAUGGAAGGAUUGUCAGAGUGGAGUACUAUACAACUUGUCACUACCUCUGCAAAGGAAAACGAAACAACAUUGCGGACGGAACGAAAUGUCUGAGCCGAUUCGCCUCCGCUUCUUGCUCUACAAUUUUGGGUAUCCCGAACCUAGCUGGUGGCUCAAGACGCUGGCCGACCGACUACUUCUCCACUUGAAGCCACCAUCACCACCCCGCUUUCCCUGCCCCUUACGCUACUUCGGACUCUCAGCUCUGGUACGCGCAAGCUGAGGUCCAGUUUGCCGGUCGUUACAUCAUCUGAAAGCUCUCGGUACCUGCAGGGACCUCCUUACCGCCAUGGAGCUUGGCGACAGGCGGCCUACGUAGUUACUGCGCCAUAUCGGGUACCUGAUGGGCGCUGCUACCUCACACGACACCGUUCUUCAAAAUCCACAAUGCUGGCGGCUCUAUUCACCGAGAGAUUCACAAAUAUGUAGCCACAUGCAAGGGCGGGAAUUGCGGCUGAGAGAAGAGUAUGUGAAACGGCGGGCUACUUUUCUUCUUGCCCGUGCCGCUCGUCUCUUCAGUCUUCACUCGUCUACUGGUGCUGGUGCUGUCGGUGACCCACUGUUUCCUUACUUCACACUAAUAUUCGAAAUAUUUUACGGCUAAGGGAUUUUCUCAAUAAAGACGUGCACUGUUGUCAAACUUUU